AUGGUGUACACGUUGCCACAACCUCUCUUCACCAGCGACUCUAACCGUACCCGUUGUGCUCUUCUAGCUCUCGGCCUAAAACGAGGAAGGUCCUGCGCAUUACGAGCUAUAAAUGCUGUGGGUCCUAAGCGAGGGAUAGCCUGUAAAGUCAGUCACUCCACCAGUUCACCAGCUUUUCCCUCUGCAAGUCCAUCAGCCAUCAAACCCUUCCUCCAAUCCUUCAACCAGCCCCCACUCUCACCACCACCAGUCACUCCCCCAUCCUUAAACCAGCCCUCCAUCCACCCCGCAACCAGUCACUCCACCACCCACCAACCAGUCCACUCCACCCGCCACCAACCAGUCACUCCCCAGCCCUCCAUUCACUCCAGUCACAUCCACCCACGUCACUCACCCAUUCCACCAACCAGUCACUCCACCCAUCCACCGACCAGUCACUCCACCCACCACCAGCCGAUCCUUCCGCCAAACCGCCAAGCCAGUCAGUCAAGUCGCCAGCUGGCCAGGUCGACCACCAGUAAGUCAUCCCAGCCCCCUUGCCAGCCCCUCAUCCCCGGCCCCCUUGCCAGCCCUCAUCCCCGCCCCCUUGCCAGCCCCUCAUCCCAGCCCCCUUGCCAGCCCUUCAUCCCCGCCCCCUUGCCAGCCCUCAUCCCCGGCCCCCUUGCCAGCCCCUCAUCCCCGGCCCCCUUGCCAGCCCUCAUCCCCGGCCCCUUGCAGCCCUCAUCCCCGCCCCGCCAGCCCUCAUCCCGGCCCCCUUGCCAGCCUUCCCCGCCCAGCCCUCCAGCCCUCCAGCCCUCAUCCCCCGCCCCCUUGCCAGCCCUCAUCCCGCCCCCUUGCCAGCCCUCAUCCCCGCCCCCAUUGCCAGGCCCCUCAUCCCCCCGGCCCCCUUGCCACGCCUCAUCCCCGCCCCAUGCCAGCCUUCAUCCCGGCCCCCUUGCCAGCCUCAUCCCCGGCGCCCCGCUUGCCAGCCCUGCAUCCCCGGCCCCCUGCCAGCCCUCACCCUCAUUCCGGCCCGCGUGCGCCUCCACAUCAAAGGGCCUCUUGCGCUCCUUCCUUCUAGCCAUUUCUUCAAGCAGGUCGCCACCCUGCGCACGCCCUUAUGGCUCCCAGACAUCCUUAAAUCUUAGAUCCCUAAAUCUCAAACCCUUAUAUCUCAAAUCUCAGAAUCCUACAUCUUAA